AAACUCAAUUCUUUCCGGAUUUCAAUAUUCCGAGAGUUUCCAAUAUUGUUUUUAUUCCUACUUUCAUUUUUUCCGAUGUCUACGAUUCAUGAAAACAAACUUGUAGCAGUUAUCACUGGUGGAAAUUCAGGAGUUGGCCUUACAACAGCGGAGAGGCUUCUAGAUUUACAUGAUGGUCAAGGAAUUGAAAUUUGUUUGGUCUGCAGAAAUAAGACCAGAGCAGAGGCUGCUCAAAAUUCACUUCUUAAAUAUAAGCCAACUGCUACUGUAGACAUAGUCCUAAUAGACACUAGCAGCAUUGCCUCUGUUAUUAAAGGAGCCAAAGAACUUCGCUUAAAGUAUAAGCAUAUUGACCUUCUCUACCUCAAUGCAGGAGCCAUCUUUGUUAGGCGAGGCAUCAACUGGUCUCACAUGAUGAAUGAAAUUUUUGACAGUGAUACUCCAGGACAAAAGAUUCUCCACAUGUUUACUACUGGGGAGGGUUUAUUAUUACAGACAGACAAAAUCACACAGGAAGGACUGCAACAAGUCUUUGCCACAAAUCUGUUCGGCCAUUUUGUUUUAGUUCAAGAACUAAAACCUCUUCUUGGUCAUGAAUCUCCAUCACAAGUUAUAUGGACCUCCUCCAGGGCCAGUAUAAAGUCUUCCUUUAACAUCAAUGAUAUUCAACAUAAAAAAGGACAGGAUCCCUAUGGUUCUUCCAAGUUUGGUAUAGAUGUAAUGAGCAUGGCUCUUAACACCAGACUGAAUAAUCAGAAAGUUUACUCCCAUACCUGCUGUCCGGGCCUAGUCCUGACUAACUUAACCAAUGAGAUUUUCCCAAUGUGGAUCUGGUAUAUUCUGCUUCCUUUCUUUUUACUUAUGAGAAUCUUUGUAUCUAACUUUAACAUGACACCGUACAAUGGCUCAGAGUCUUUAGUUUGGGUUUCACAACAAGAACCAGAGACGCUGGAUCCAGUGACAAGAUAUGAAAGCAAUACUUCCUUCUUAGGAAAAAGAUAUGUGACACAAAGAAAGCUUCCCAUUGAGACAACUACAUGUGACCAGUUGUUUGAGGAGUGUGAAUCCAUGUACAAAAAAUUUAAAGAUGGACAGCCAUUGGAUGAAUAGCACAAGUUUGAAAAUGUACAAAAUUUACCAAAAAAUGAAACAUUCAGUCUCUGAGCUGUUUUAUUUCAAAGUGUCUGUACAAUAUUUUUAUGUGUAAUCCGAAGUAAAAAUUUGCUCAAUCAAUUUUGGAUGUAUUUUGAAAAAUGAUUUUUUUUUAUUAUUAUUUUUAAAAACAUUUUUAAUUAAAAUAAACAUUUUUUUUUUUAUUUUUUAUUGUAUUCAUGGUUACAUUUGCUUUACACUAAGGUAGCAUCUCUUGUACAGCUAUGCAUUAUCAGUUAUCCAUGUCACACAGAUAAUUUAUAUUGCUGUCAUUCCUGUUUAUCAUCAUUGUGAAUCUUCUGUCAACUUUUUAUUUUAGCAUAUUUGACUCCUUUGAAUUAUUUGAAAUUUAAUUCUGGACCAAUUUCCUCCAAUCUUGUUAUAUCUGUAAUGUUUCUAUUGCUCAGGAGAAACAAAUAUGUGAAAUCACCCCCUAGUCUAAGCUAUAUAUGACAGAGAGAAAUACAUUGUACAUGGCACACAAAUCCAUUUUAAUUCUAAUGGCAAAGGAUUGACCAUCUUCUUGUACACAUAAUUCUUAGGUGACUGUCAAGGCCAAUGGGCCUUUUGUUUUUAUAUAAAUUUAUUACAGUAAAUAACUGUUUCAAACUGCACACUGCAAAAUAUAUGUAAUACCUAUAUUAAACAUGUAGAAAGAACUGUGAUAUCACAUGUUUAUUUUUUCUUUUACAUACUUCAUGUAUAUUACAGUCAAUUGUUAUUUUACAAGUACUUCUAGGAAUAAAGUCAUG